GCGGCGCGGCUGCUGCUGCGCACAAACACACAGACCCACGCGUGCGCUCCCUCCAAUCCACACGUUUUCAUCUCUAUCUCGUUCAUUCCGGUUCCAGUGACCAACCGGGGGUGACAGAACACGGCUCUGUGAACAUCACCAUUCAGCAAUGCCUUAUAACGAGCAUUAGUGGCAGUAGGAGAAAUGUGUGGCUGACAGGUGCUAUGGUCAAGCUGCUGCGCUAGGCUAGGGGCGAAGAAGGCGGAAUGAAAACAGAGGUGGCGGGGCUUUCUCUCCUCAGUCAAGUGGAUUGUUAAAUGUUCCUUUCUCUUCCUUUGACAAACAUGCUUUAUUUUCAGCUGGUGAUCAUGGCGGGGACGGUCAUGCUGGCAUACUACUUCGAGUACACGGACACGUUUAACGUGCACGUCCAAGGGUUCUUCUGCUAUGACAAUGCCUACGCGAAGCCUUACCUCGGACCGGAGGAGUCCAGCGCGAUCCCUCCCGCUCUACUGUAUGCGCUCGUGGCAGGGGUCCCAACACUUGUGAUCAUGAUCUCAGAGACCGUCCUGUUCUUGAUACAAUACUCGUCCAAAGAGCUGGACAGUCAGGAGAAGACCAUGCUGACAGGAGACUGCUGCUACCUCAACCCUCUGGUGCGCAGGACCUUUCGCUUUCUGGGAGUGUACACGUUCGGGCUGUUCACUGUGGACAUCUUUGUAAACGCGGGCCAGGUGGUGACGGGCAACCUGUCCCCCCACUUCCUGACGGUGUGUAAGCCCAACUUCACGGCCCUGGGCUGCCAGCACGCCCUCCGCUACAUCAGCCACCAAGAGGCCUGCACCGGGAACCAGGAGGAUAUCCUGCGUGCACGUAAAACCUUCCCCUCCAAAGAGGCUGCUCUCAGCGUCUACGCAGCUCUCUAUCUUGCGAGUUACAUCACGUGCACGGUGAAAGCCAAAGGGACGCGGCUAGCCAAGCCUGUGCUGUCCCUGGGUCUGAUGUGUCUGGCCUUCCUCACAGGACUCAACAGAGUGGCUGAGUAUCGGAACCACUGGUCUGAUGUCAUCGCUGGCUUCAUCAUAGGAGUGGCCAUCGCUACCUUCCUGGUGGUGUGUGUGGUGCAUAACUUCAAAGGCAAGCUGUUGCUCAGUGAAGACCCCCCGCAGGACAACAUGCCUAGUGCUCCCAUGAUGAACAUGUCCAGAGUGGAGAGCCCACUGGAGAAGUACAUCGCCUCGCAGAUCUGGGCAGGAGCGGACAGGGGUUAUAUGGCAGUUGAACCACAUUAUCAAGAAUCACAUCACCUUCGCUGAAGUCACAUGACGUUGAAUCGUCCGUUUUGCAAACCCAUUGGACAUCAACGCUCUUCACCGUCCAAUCAAAAAUGUAAUAGUCGGGGUGCAACGCUAACUCAUUAUGUACGGCUACUGUAUAAGGUCUGUCUGUGUUGUUGUCUUGUCAGUCCCUGUAUCAUAUCCUAUGCCGCAGUCAUGUAAAAAAACUCCUCAAUAGCUUGAUGGGAAGCUCUUUGCUGUGUUUCUCCAUGUGUUUACUGCAUUUAUUGAAUCUAUUUUUGGACUUAAUCCCUAAAUGAGGAAAAUUGACCUGAUUCAACUUGAAUUAACUCGACUUGUCAUUAUAAGCAGAAAUGCUGACACGCUGUGAUCCAGAUGCCACUUUAUACUGUAGAAGAGAGGACUUCAUCAUGGAAGUGACUGAUCCAUUUUUUCCACAAUGUUGGUCAGAUAUGUUCUUAUUCAUUCUGCCAUCGCUUCAUGUAAAUUAUAUUUCAUCAUUGGACUCUAUUUUGUGUACAAUAAGCAUUGUUACAUUAUCAGUAUCCUAAAUAAUGGGAAGCUAGGGAGCAUUAUUUUUCUCAAAUGUAGCCUACUGUAUGUUGUGUUGAAUUUG